UUGUCCCUGCGGCCGACCCGUAGUGCUCGCUCCUCCUCGUGCCACCAUGGAGGGCGCCGCGGCCUCUGCCGAGGGUCUGCGCUACGCCGAGUACGCCCGGACCCCUACGGGCACCGGCAAGGGCCAAGCCGAGCUGGACCGCGGGCUGGCCAGGACUAUGAUAGCGCUUGGACUGGGUGUUGCAACUGUUGCAUUUGCAGGUCGUUACGCUUUCCGCGUUUGGAAACCAUUGGAGCAGACAAUUACAGAGGCAGCAAAGAGGAUUUCAGCUUCUAGUCUUUCAUCGUACUAUAAAGGAGGAUUUGAACAGAAAAUGAGUAGGCGAGAAGCAAGUCUUAUUUUAGGUGUAAGUCCAUCUGCUGGCAAGGACAAAAUCAGAGCAGCGCAUAGGAAAAUCAUGAUUUUGAAUCAUCCUGAUAAAGGUGGAUCACCUUACUUAGCAACAAAAAUAAAUGAAGCAAAAGACUUGUUGGAAUCCAGUGUCAAAAACUGAAACCUGAAGCCUUGGACCAGAAGAUACCUUGUGCAAUAACUUUCAUGUCUGCUAACUCUGCACAGUUUCUUAACAUUGAUUACUCAUAUUUAUUGUCAUAAUUAAAAUGUUAAAAUUAUUUUAAAACAAACUGAAAUCUUUUACAGUUAUGUAAAGUUAUGUACAGUUAUGUCCCUACAAGGAGCAGGGAAUUGGAAUGAUGAUCCUUAUGGGUUCCUUCCAACUCAAGAUAUUCUAUGAUUCUGUCCCGGUUUUAGUGUAUUCUUACUGAAUUAUAAUCCCUUACAAGCUUCUUUUGACUGUGGUUUUUUUCAGAAGUAUUUGUUUGUUUCUUUUGUUAAAUUUUGGAUCUUUUAAAAUAAAAAUUUAAAAAUAGACUUUAAUAUAGGGUUGUUUCUUCAUUAGUAAAGAAAUAACCCUAUCUUUAAGAUCACCAUAAAAUCUGUGACAGUGUGUUGAGUCACAGUAAAUAUGACAGACCCCAUUUGGCAAGUUUUCAGCACCACCUUAUGCUUGAAUCUGUUAAUUUGUGAAGUAGUAGAGGUUGUUCAUAGGUGCAGUUUGAGAGGUGCAACUCGGGACAAAACGACUGGUGAAACUACAGACUGCAGCUUCCACUAGACUUAUGGGGCUUGGAGUUAUGAAGGAUGAUUUUUGGGUUUGGUUACUUCUUUUACAUAUUAAAGGAUCUCUGAAAUUUCAAGUAAUUAUUUAGACAUGCUUUUACUUCAAGUCACAGAGUAUGUUUAAUCUCUAGCAGUUGGGGUAAACAUGGGGUUUUCAUGGCAAUGGGAUUGAAGAAGGUAGGCCCAUGUGGCAUGGCUUAGAUGGAUUUUCCAGGCUGCUGCUUGUCUAGGUUAGCCCAGUUGUGUGAGCCUGGUGUAGAACUGAGACAAGAAACAGGAACAAACAGGACAGUACCUGCUUUGCAUAUAGCUCCAGGAGCACUUCCUGGGUUAGUUCUCCACUAAUGCUCACAUUUCUGCGUUAUGCUUCAUAUCCCAGAGCAUACAUACCUCCCUCCUUUAUGUAGUGUCCUAGCAAUGGCUUUCCCCUGGCUUUGGGGAAUCCUGAAGUCCUGGACCUCAGACUUUAGAGAGAUCAAGUUUUAAUUGACAGCUCAGGAUAGGUUCUGUUUGGGGCACUUGGCUGCUGCAGAUUACUACCAGUAAAUUGUCUGCAGUUGAAUUAAAUCUAAGCAUAGACAGUCUAGAGUAUUUACUGCAAGACUGAAAAAUUUCUAGUGUCCAUUCAAACACUGUCAUUAGAAGUACAACAAAUAGCUUACUAAAGUGCUACAAAUACAAAAUUUAGAUACUCCGUUUUCUAGGUUAUUUAGCCAGAGAUAAGUGGCUAAGGGCACUUAAUAUGACGUUGGAUGCUUUAAUUAUUUAUUCACCAGAAUGUGCAUUUGUAGUUCAUCCUGUGGUGGAUGCAGAUUAUAUUGAUUUUUCCUUGAAAGGAAGAAAAAAUGUAAAUUAUUUUUUAUCAGGUUCCUCCCACUUUGUCACAAUUCCCUUACUUUCAUCAAAGAGAGAUAAAAAAUUUUAAGUUGACCCUGAAAAAAAAUACUAAUUCUAAGUACUUUGGAGACUUCAUUGCAAUUACAGUGGCAAGACAUAUGGCCCAAUUUCACUGGAUAAAGCAAAAAAGAUGGCUGGGAGAAACCUGCCUGGGAAUAGCAUACCCUAUACAAGUACUAUAGUUGCAUCAUACCACUACUGCUCUAAUACAAGAAACUUGAAUGAAAAUAGUUUAUUCCCAUGCAGUAGCUUUAAUUGGUUCUUGCCAAAGGAGUAGCCAUCAAUUAAUGCACAUUUGGGGUGGGUCAUUCUUUCCACUGGCUUAUCAGUGUGUAUUGGCAAAAAAUAGAAGUGCAACAGUUUUAAUUUUGGGAGGAGACAAGUGAAAUAGUGGUGUUCCUAAUUUUCUGAAGUGGAAUCUGUAAGUGAUAUGAAUCAUUGUGAAAAAUCAAAAUUUAUGUGAAUGGUAGGUGAUAAAAGCAUUCUGCUGAAUGAUUUUGAACUGACUGGCUGUUGUUUUCAUACAGCUACCUUUUUGUCCUGAGUAAAAUGAGUUGCAGAGAGCUGUUCUAAAUUAUCAGUUACAACAAAUGCAUUAAAGAUGGCUCCUUGCUCUGUUCUUAAAAAUUAACUUCUCAUGUCUUUUUAAGGAGUAGACAUUUUGUCUUUUUCUGUGAGAUUCUAUUGUUGAUAAUUUUCUUCCUGAUGUAAUUAUUUAUAUCUGAUUAUUUUGGAUGAAACACUUUUAUCUGCCUUUCGGUUAUGAGAGAGGUUGUCCUUAAAAUGAAGAAAUAAAACCGAGUUCUAGUUC